AUGUCGCCAAUUGACCUGGUUUCUUUCUUGCCAUGCGUUCCAAUCAUCCAUUCCCUCGAAAUAUCUGCCGCCCCCGCAUCUGGUACCAAAUUCCGCCUGACCCUCGGUCUGCCUGUCGGAGCAGUCCUCAACUGCGCAGACAACUCUGGGGCCAAGACGCUCUUCAUUAUCGAGCCUUAUGGAUUCGGAGCCCGCCUGAACAGGUUGCCAGAUGCUGGUGUUGGUGACAUGGUUGUUGCUUCCGUCAAGAAGGGAAAGCCCGAGUUGAGGAAGAAGACCAUGCCUGCUGUCGUCGUCCGCCAACGCAAGGCCUGGCGCCGACGAGAUGGUGUGUUCCUGUACUUUGAGGACAACGCCGGUGUCAUCGUAAACCCCAAGGGAGAAAUGAAGGGCUCUGCCAUCACCGGACCUGUCGCAAAAGAAUGCGCUGACCUCUGGCCGCGUAUCGCCUCCAACGCAGGCACAGUGGUCUAA